AUGGCCGGGGUCAGCUACGCGGCGCCCUGGUGGGUGAACCUCCUGCACCGGCUCCCCCACUUCGACCUGCGCUGGGAGACCACCAGCAGCCAGUUCCGGCCCGAGGACACCGACUACCAGCAGGCGCUGCUGCUGCUGGGGGCCGCCGCGCUGGCCUGCCUCGCCCUGGAUCUCCUCUUCCUGCUCUUCUACUCCUUCUGGCUGUGCUGCCGACGGCGCAAGAGCGAGGAGCACCUGGACGCCGACUGCUGCUGCACCGCCUGGUGCGUCAUCAUUGCCACGCUGGUCUGCAGCGCCGGCAUCGCCGUGGGGUUCUAUGGCAACGGGGAGACCAGUGACGGCAUCCAUCGGGCCACCUACUCGCUCCGCCACGCCAACCGCACGGUGGCAGGGGUCCAGGACCGCGUGUGGGACACGGCGGCCGCUCUGAACCGCUCGGCGGAGCCCAGCCUGCAGAGCCUGGAGCGGCAGCUGGCCACGCGGCCAGAGCCCCUGCGUGCAGUCCAGCGGCUGCAGGGCCUGCUCCAGACGCUGCUGGGCUACACAGCUGCCAUCCCAUUCUGGAGGAACCCCACCGUGUCGCUCGAGGUGCUGGCGGAGCAGGUGGACCUCUACGACUGGUACAGGUGGCUGGGCUACCUGGGCCUGCUGCUCCUUGACGUGGCCAUCUGCCUGCUGGUGCUGGUCGGCCUCAUCCGCAGCUCCAAAGGCAUUCUGGUUGGGGUCUGCCUACUGGGGGUCCUGGCCCUGGUCAUCAGCUGGGGCGCACUGGGCUUGGAGCUGGCCGUGUCUGUGGGCUCCAGUGACUUCUGUGUGGACCCCGACACUUAUGUGACCAGGAUGGUGGAGGAGCACUCGGUGCUGAGUGGGGACAUCCUGCAGUACUACCUGGCCUGCUCGCCCCGUGCCGCCAACCCCUUCCAGCAGAAGCUGUCUGGCAGCCACAAGGCGCUGGUGGAGAUGCAGGACGUGGUGGCUGAGCUGCUGAAGACGGUCCCCCGGGAGUCCCCGGCCACCAAGGACCCCUUGCUCCGUGUCCAGGAGGUGCUGAACGGCACAGAGGUGAACCUACAGCACCUCACCGCCCUGGUGGACUGCCGCAGCCUGCAUCUGGACUACGUGCAGGCCCUGACGGGCUUCUGUUACGACGGCGUUGAGGGCCUCAUCUACCUGGCCCUCUUCUCCUUCGUCACGGCCCUCAUGUUCAGCUCCAUCGUCUGCAGCGUCCCCCAUACCUGGCAGCAGAAAAGAGGCCCCGACGAGGAUGGGGAGGAGGCGGCCCCAGGGCCGAGGCAGACACACGACAGCCUCUACCGUGUGCACAUGCCCAGUCUGUACAGCUGUGGGAGUAGCUACGGCAGUGAGACCAGCCUCCCAGCCGCGGCCCACACCGUCAGCAACGCCCCGGUCACCGAGUACAUGAGCCAGAAUGCCAACUUCCAGAACCCCCGCUGUGAGAACACCCCCCUCAUCGGGCGCGAGUCCCCGCCGCCCUCAUACACCUCCAGCAUGAGAGCCAAAUACCUCGCCACCAGCCAGCCUCGCCCCGACUCCAGCGGCAGCGGCCACUAGACAGCCCCGGCCGGCCACCCGCCCACGUGCCAAUCGCCCUACCCCUCCCCGUGCCAGCACUGCCGCUCCCACCCGUGACCACCCGCCGGACACUCUGCACGCCCGCCAGGCCCGCUGCAGGCACCCUC